GGUGGGUGUCGCUGUGUCGCAGGGAAAAGUUCCUGCGCAAAGGAGGAGCAGUAACUCCGGGACGCGUUCCCGAGGCGGGGAGGUCUCUGCCUGCGCCGCCCUUGAGCUGUUCGGGGCGCGCUGUUGCCCGCCCGCGAGUGCGGGGCGGGGGCUUUAAAUGGGAACCGCAUUCCUGCCCGCGCGUGCCUCAGCUUUCCGGCCGCUGUAGUGUUUCCUUGGGAUCGGCUGAAGUGUAGGGCGCGAUGUCCCAGGCGCUGGCGAAGGAGGUCCCGCAGGAGGAGGGCAAAGGCGGCUCCCGGAGGAGCGGCUGGGGCCUGCUGGUCACGGCCGGUGUGGGAGGCACCUUGGUGGCCCUCUAUGCUGUGGCCACCCCCUUCGUGACCCCGGCCCUGAGGAAGGUGUGCCUGCCCUUCGUUCCUGCCACGGCCGCUCAGAUCCAGAAUGUGCUGAAAAUGCUGGAAAACAGAAGUGGCUCCCUAGUUGACAUUGGUAGCGGGGAUGGCCGCAUUGUGAUAGCAGCUGCAAAAAGGGGAUUCCAGGCUGUAGGUUAUGAAUUGAAUCCCUGGCUAGUCUGGUACUCCAGAUAUCGUGCCUGGAGAGAUGGAGUACAUCAGAACACCAAAUUUUAUAUUUCAGACUUAUGGAAGGUUUCUUUUUCUCAUUAUAGAAAUGUUGUUGUUUUUGGAGUACCUCAAAUGAUGCCACAGCUGGAGAAGAAGCUAGAAGAAGAACUUAAAUGUAACGCCAGAAUCAUUGCCUGUCGCUUUCCUUUCCCUUGCUGGAUUCCAGAUCAUACUACUGGAGAGGGAAUAGACACUGUGUGGGCCUACGACUUGAAACAUUCUAGAGCAUGUGAAACAAAAAGCUUGGAAAUUACACCAGAGACAGAAUCUUAAACAUUGAAUUUGGUUUCUUACAGAAAAUUUUAGCUUUGACUGGACUUGUUGAAGAUAAGAUUAACGUGGAGAGAGCCCUGGCAUAUGAAGAUGUGUAUGCACUAUAAGAACUGAAGUACAGUGGCUGUCUGAAAGCACACAAAGGUUACUGAAAGGUGUAGUUAAAUGACCUAAUAUGGUGUCCUGGUUUAACUCCAUCUAGCAGUGGAGUACCAUGUGGAGAUUCUCAGUUCAGUCAAAGAGAAUUCUCCCAGGCUUCAGGCCUGGGAAACUUAGAGAGGAAGAAUGAAAACAAUUAUGAUCUCUUUCUAUUCAUGUUGUUUGAUAUGUACCUUCAGAAUGUGCUAUUCAUAGUUAACCAAUAAUGUGAAAGUUUUUUGCUUUGAGACCAAUCAGAUUUCACCUUAGCAAUCCUGGUUAUAAAAGGACACUACCUCUUAAUAAAAGCUCUCUUUUUCGCCUUCUGAACCAUGGAGUCAUUUAGUCCGUCCCUGACUCAACAGCGUCAGUACCACAGAGAUGUUCACUCACCCCAGUCUGCAGACUCCCCCAGUGGGAUUGAAAAGAAAGCUGAAAAAAUGGUCAUACCCAUGACCAUGGACUGAGAUAGGAAUAGUUUAAUAAUUGAAAUAAAUUUACUAAUAAUAACAACAACAAGAAGAAUAGAGGAGUAAAACCCAAGAAAGAUGAGUGAUGCACAAUAUCCUUGCUCACCACCCACUGAUGGAUGCCCACCCCAUCCCAGAGCAGCGACUGCCAGCUCUCCCCAGUUUAAAUACUGGACAUGAUGUUUUAUGGUGUAAAAUAUCCCUUUGGCCAGUUCAGCUCAGCUGUCCUGGCCAUGCUUCCUCCUGGCUUCUUGUGUAUCUCCUUGUUGGCAGAAUGUGAGAAACUAAAAAGUUCUUGGCUUGGAGUAAGUGCAGCUCAGCAUAAACUAAAACUGUUAGUGUAUUAUCAGUAUUAGUCUUUUCUAAAUCCAAACCACAGGGCUGUACCAGCUAAUAAGAAGGAAAUCAACUCCCAGCAGAAUAUGUAGUUAGUCAAAAUUAUGAAAAAGUUGUUAGAGAAGAGGAAAACUUCAAUAUGGAAAAGGGGUUUAGAGCACCAUUCAUUACAGUUGAGGGGAAUAUAUGAAUAAGUUCAAAUGCUCAAAUUUGUGAGCAUAAUUUAUACAUUCUUUCUGACCCUACGGAACAUUUGGUAUUGGUGUUGGAAUGAUGUGCAAGUGUCUCCUCAAAUGAGCUGUAUUUCAAAAAUGUCUGAAUUUUGUAUGCCAAGUACAUCGUGCCGCAUACACAAAACUGGUCCAGAUGGAGUAUGAUGAUGACACCAAUGUUUCACACCACAGCCUUGAAUGUGUACUUCUGAAAGUUGAGUAUGACAAAAUGGGCAAAUAAAAUAAUUUGUUUGUUCAUUAACACAAA